AUGAAUUAACAAAUUGUAAGUAAUACAAUCUAAGAGAUUAAUCACUAUAACAGAGUUUUAGAGGGAAAUAAGAGAUAUGUGUAAAAAAAACUAUCAAUUGAUGAUUAAUACUUUAAAAAGUUAUCAUAAGGCUAGAGUCCAAAGUAUUUACUAAUAGGAUGUUCUGAUUCAAGAGCUCCUCCGAAUGAAUUAACAGAGACAGAUCCGGGAGAAAUCUUCAUCCAUAGAAAUAUAGCUAAUUUAGUAAUACCAACAGACUUAAAUGUAAUUACAUAUAUUAUCUUAAAAAGUUGAAUUGUGUAAUUUAAUAUGCUGUUGAACAUCUUAAUAUUCAUAGUAUAAUUGUAAUGGGUCACACUUGUUGUGGUGGAAUUAAGGCUGCAAUGAAAUAAGACUCUGUGGGAGGGUUGCUGGAUUUAUGGUUGAAUCAAAUUAAAAUAGUUUAUGAAAAGCACUAGGAUCUUAUUGAAUCAUUAGAUAAUGAAGAUGAGAAAGUGAAUUGUUUAAGUUCAUUGAAUAUUAGAGCUCAAGUAAUGAAUAUAUGGAAAAAUCCAAUCAUAUAAAAAUCUUGGCAAAAAGGAAAUCGUACUAUUAUUCAUUUAUAUUUUAGCUGUUAUGGUUCAUGGUUGGUUAUUUAGAGUUGAAACAGGAUAUAUUGAAGAACUUUUGAUAGAUUCUUAAACACCAGAAGAGAUGAGCAAAGUUUUUGCUUUAAAAUUUAAAUUGGAUUCUGAAAAAAUUCUGUAAUAGUAAACAACUUCAUAAGAGUCACCAAAAAAUAAUGCAAGAAAAAGAUUUUAAUUAAUGUAAAAGAAAAUAACUUAACAUCUCAAAUAAUUAAAAGAAAAUAAUCUAGGAAAUGAGUAAAUUGUCGAACUUGAACAAUUAAGGGAAUAAGUUGACAAUUAAUAAAAAAUAUGA